AGGCGUUGAUAAGGCGCCUAUAAUAUUAUCACUGGCAAUGUCUAGUCAGUACUCAGUCAACAUGGACGUUAUCCUCCGCUGUCUUGUGUUGGUACUCACGACACUUGUAGCGUUCACUGCCGGCUCUGCUACCACUGCAACAACCUCUACAUCACAAGAGACACAACAUUGCAAGAUUAACUCCGACUGCCCCCAGACGAGGAGGUGUUUGGAAGAAAAAUGUUCAGAUCCUUGUCCGGGGAAAUGUGGAAACAAUACGAUAUGUGAAGUAAUACAUCAUCAGCCGUUCUGUCUCUGCAAGGAUGGCUUCACGGGGUGUCCUUACACAGGAUGUCAUCCUUCUGAUAUGGACACCGGACGAGUAGCUGGAGAUGUAAGAACUGAACACUGCAGACCGUGUACUCCGUGUGAGGUGUGUCAGCCCCGUCAAGUUGAGGUGGCGAAACCUAAGGAAUGCAAGAAAAGCUAUUUAUUAAUUGAUGAGAGGUCUUCGUGGUAUGAAGCCAUGGCCGAGUGCAAGAUGCGUGGACAACGGCUGGCCACCAUCAAGAACAUUGAAGAGUGGAAUCGGGUGAAGAGAGAACUUACACUCAAAACAUCUGAUUACUGGCGCCACACAUAUUGGACUGCUGGGAUGGGCAUUAAAAGCACCGGAAGCACCGGUUGGGCCUCGACGUGGGAACCGUUUAAUUUCACCAGCUGGAGGGAUGGCGAGCCUCGGUUUCUAGGCAACAUUUACUGUGUUGCAAUCGACCGUCCAUAUACCAAUCUAUUCGAUUAUGGUUGGAUUUCAAUAAAUUGCAGUUUGACAAAAUAUUUUAUUUGUGAAAAAUGUUUAAACCAGUAAAUUUUUUACAAUACUGUUAUUAUAGCUUUCUUUAAAAUUAAAGUAUGGUAAUUUCAAAACUAAA